CUGCCCACAACCUAAAUCUCACCGCUGGAGCAGGAAGUCAUAUUAUACCAACAUGCAGACAUAAUUCAUACACCCAAACUUCUCCUUCUCAUCAAGAAAAUGCUCAGCCAACAACUACAUCCAUGGCCAGUAAUCCUCACAAUUCUCUUCCUGUUGCUUCAUCAAGGACAUGGAGCUCGCUGUGGAAUGAAAACACCAACUGUGCAGCAAACACAGGUAGGCUUUGGCACACCGCCGGAGUUCACAGUGGUGGUGCAAAACAGCUGCCCGGUGUGUCCGGCCAUUGACAUCCAUAUUAAAUGUGGUGGUUUCUCUCAAAUACUUGCUGAUCCUAGAUUUCUCAAAGUGAUUAAAGAUGAUGACUGUGUUGUUAAUGGAGGCUUGCCCCUUGCCCCCUUGCAGAAGAUUUCCUUCAACUAUACACACCAGAAGCUUAGCAUGGCACCAAAGUCAUGGUACUUUCAGUGUGAAUAGUUCUUAUUCAGUGUAAUUGAAGAGCAGUGAACCCAUGCAUGCAAGUGUUUUAUAUUAUUUGGUGUUUUAUUGUUUUUGUGUCUUGUGUAUUGUAUCUUGGUUUCUUUGGAUUUAUUUUGGCUUUAAAUUUUUCAUAUUGUUCUAUGCUAGUUCUUGUGUGAGUUUGUGUGUGUGUAUACAUAAAGAUUGAUUAUGGAUUAAA